AGCCUCGGCUAGAGGAAGAUCCCCUUCUAAACCCUUGCAAGCAUUUUGCUGCAACAUAAACAAUGGCGUCAAUAUUCACCAAAUUGAUGAAUCUAACUUCUCUUCCUUCUCUUAAUUAUGCUAUUAGAUGCAACUCCACUUCUCUGCUUAGUCAAUUCCCACCCAGGUCUCCACCGGGUCUUGGAUCGUUGCAAUCGAUGAUGCCGCAGUUGAGUGCCGCCAGGAUGUCGGCAUGUAUGAGCACUGCCUCAAAGGGGGGGAAAGCUUCUUCAGGUGCUCGGUCAGGAAGGACCCGUGCAGCUCCACUACGCUCCAAGUUUGCCAAACAAUUUAAAGGAACAAUGACGGGAAUAGCUCAUCAAGGCAAUCAUAUUGCUUUCGGUACCUAUGCUCUUCAGGCCCUCGAUCAUUCUUGGAUCACGUCCAGACAAAUUGAAGCAGGUCGAAAAGUAUUGGUACAGAAUGCUCGUCGCACUGGGAAAAUAUGGGUACGUAUAUUUCCAUCCAAGCCGGUCACGAUAAGACCCACAGAAACACGUAUGGGUCGUGGGAAAGGAGCCGUUGCAUUUUGGGUUGCUGUUGUUCAACCAGGUCGAAUAAUUUAUGAAAUAAGUGGAGUAACAGAACAAAUGGCCAAAGAGGCAAUUACAAUAGCAUCUUCAAAAAUGCCUGUACGAACUAAAUUCAUUAGUUUGAAAUAGAAGGAAUCAGAGAGAAAAGGUCCAGGGAAAUAAAAACAAUCAUCACAGAGCUGGGUCUUUCUGUUCCAAGGUGAAUGUACGCGCAGACAAUUCCAGGGACCUCAAUUGAAGACUAAGAGAGGCAAUUUUUUAUUUGUGACCUUGACAAUGAGCUAAGUACUUAAAUUAAUGACAAACAGCUUCAGUGCCUUCUGCGAAUGUAAUAACUUUACUGUAAAAGUGUUUCCUUGUUUUCAUAUUUUCAUAGUCUUUAUUGCUUCACACCCUUGUGGAAAUUUCUUUGAUUGUUGCUCUAUGUAUCAUCCACCAAGGAAAACAUAAUAUAUUUAUAUUUAUCUUCCAGAUACAGGUUGACGAGUAUAAAUUUCUCUAUUAAAUGAA